UGAACAGAACAGGUCAGAACUGAUUGAGAAUGAACUGAUAAGAACUGAUUAUCGAGUUUGUAUUAAAGAAGAUGUCAACUCAAGUGCAGAAUUGCCAUGUCCCGAGGGGGAAAUAAAAUUUGUUUGUCAAAGCUCGGGUAGAUUUUUAAUAUGGCCUUCUCAUUUGGUUUUUCCGUUAAAGAAGGCUGCUGAUAAACAAAUAACAAAGGAAUUCACCGCGCCAUCUCCACGCUCGCCAUCAUCACAAUCAUCAUGCACUCGAAAGUAUACGAUCACUCCAACUGAUAGGUUAAAGUUGACUUCUAAUUUGGUUAAAGUUUUCAAGGAUGUAGCUAUUGGAAUGAAAAACAGCGGAAAAACCAAAUCCUUCACGAUCCCGGCUAGAGUGUUCCUAAAUGAUCAAUGUGUUAGCCUUGAUUAUGAAGACAUGCUUGAUUGGUGCUUUCAAAGAGAGAUAAGAUCAUCUCACAUGUUGAUUUUAAUGAUGCAUCUGAGUGAGAUGGUUCUCAAAGAUGGCAUCUCUGGGCUAUAUAGAUUUUGUGAUUGCACCUAUCUAUCCCCGCUAAGACGUGUGGAAAAAGAAGACGAUCGAUGUGACUAUUUAUAUAGGGUAUUUGCGUGCAAUGAUGGCAAAAAUAAAUAUCAACUAUUCUUCUUGCCCUAUAUAGAAGAUCGGGAUUGGAUGUUGGUUGUUAUUUGUCCAUGGAUUGCAUUGGUUCAGUGGUUAGAUCCACUUGGAGCACAAAAUGAACCUCCCGAAUUUGCUCAAACAAUAAUCAACAGGCAAUCAUCAAAUUUAGCGCGGAUUACCGAAAAGAUAUCCCAAAAACAAAGAAGAACCCUUUCAUUAAGUGGCAAAAAAUUGAGUGCCCUCGCCAACCUCCAGGCUUCAAGGAAAGUGGAUAUUAUGUUGGUCGCUACAUGAUUGAAACAAUAGAGUUGAGACAUAUGUUCAUUCCUGAAAAGGAGGCAUUGGAUUCUUUUAGUUAUUUGCUUGGCUAAAUCUCAGGUCUACAUAUUUGAUUCUAUGUAGAAGAAGAGAAAUUUGAUGAUUAAGAACCAAUUGAACCUGGCUUUUCGGACUUACAAGGCACAAAAUGGAAAAUCUAAAGGAACUAAAUUGAAUUGGAUUGCGGCACAGUGUCCUCAACAACCGGGAUCACUAGAGUGUGGCUACUACGUCAUGCGUUUUAUAUACGAUAUAUUUACAAAGCAUCGUGAUAGUCAAGAUCUUACUACGGAUUAUUCAAGAACAAAGCCUUUUUCAUUCGAGGAGAUUAAUGAGGUUAAAGAAUUUUGGGCUGAUUACUUUUUGACCAAUUCCGAUGUAAAUCUAGCUAGCUAGUUUGUUGUAAUAUUGGUUUGUUAGGUUCGUUAUCAACAUGUUGGUUGAACGAUAUGAUAUGAUGGAUUGCCUUUUAAUGGGGUUGUAAAACUAUAUUUGACAGGUGCAUGUAUUAUAAUUCCCGAUUAUUGGGAAGUGUUAUAUUACAAAGGAGAUUCUGUCAAAAUUUUCAACUA